CUGGAACUUGGUGAUAAAACAAGAGUACGACCCGGACACGUUUGUGGGACGGACUGGAAACAAACGCAGACUCGACGCUGGAGGGAGAUUUGAGAGGCGCGUGGAGCGCGAGACCGUCCUCCAAACUUAAAGUUGAUGACUUGAGAGUUUGACCCAGCUCUUCAUUUAUCGUUUUAUCUUCACGUGUUGUCACCAUGGAAGCAGACAGUGACAUUAAAACGACCCCGAGGGGGUUUCACUGCACUCUGUGCAAUGUCAACCUGCCGAACGUGCCAAGCUUGGAUCAGCAUGUCAAAGGACGGAAACACAAGACGCUGAGCACUGUGCGCUCCACCAGGAAGACCCAGGAGCAGCACAGUGUGUUUGUCAGCGGCAUCAAGCCUGACAUCUCUCAGACCGACAUAGCUGAGUACUUCCAGCAGUUUGGCUCAGUCUCAGAUGUUAUUAUGGAUAAGGACAAGGGUGUGUACGCCAUCGUCCAGUUCAGUGAGACUGACAGCAUACAGGCGACCCUGUCCUGUGUCGAGCAUCGGAUGAAAGGCUUGAAGCUGCGCGUAAAACCACGAGAAAAAAAGGACUUCAAGUUAAUUCCCAAAAAGAAGAAUGACUUCCAGGACCUCCAACAAGUUCUCGACAAUCUUAAGCCUCAGCUAUGUCAGUUGAUGUCGGUGGACGCACAGAUGCAGUACCUUGUAGAGCGAUGUCAGCUGGGUGAAAACGAAAAGAAGGCCAGAGGCUUGCUGGUUCAACUCCUGCAAGAGGUUUUUGUUGAGUUUUUCCCAGACAGCCACAUUCUGCCAUUUGGCUCAUCUGUCAACACUUUUGGUAUCCACUCCUGUGACUUGGACCUGUUCCUGGACCUGGAAAACACCAAAGUGUUCCAGGCCCGUGCCAAGUCCACCACGGAACAGGCAGGGGAGGGCAUGUCCGAUGAUGGCCGCUCUGAGGACUCCAUCCUGUCUGAUAUUGACCUGUCCACUGCCUCUCCGGCUGAGGUCCUGGAACUCGUGGCAACAAUCCUUAGACGCUGUGUCCCCAGCGUGCACAAAGUCCACGUGGUCAGCAACGCUCGUCUCCCUGUAGUCAAGUUCCAUCACCGUGAGCUUAACCUGCAGGGUGACAUCACCCUAAACAACAGACUAGCUGUGAGGAACACCCGCUUCCUCCAGCUGUGUUCAGGGGUGGAGGACAGGCUGAGGCCUCUGGUGUACACCAUCCGCUACUGGGCCAAGCAGAAGCAGCUUGCAGGUAACCCCAGUGGUGCCGGUCCCCUGCUCAACAACUACGCUCUGACACUCCUGAUCAUCUUCUUCCUGCAAAACUGUGACCCUCCUGUCCUCCCCACAGUGGACAGGCUCAAAGACAUGGCCUGUGAGGAAGAAGAGUGUGUGCUUGAGGGCUGGGACUGUACCUUCCCUAGUCAGUCUAUUGCUGUGCCCCCCAGCAAGAAUACACAGGACCUCUGCACCCUGCUCGCUGGCUUCUUCUCUUUCUAUGCUAAGUUUGAUUUUGCCAGUAGUGUCAUAUCUGUCAGGGAGGGGCGAGCACUGCCAAUAACUGACUUCCUCAGCCAGAAUAAAGAGGAGGCCAUGCAAGAAGAACAGCCUACCAAGACCCAUCAUCAGGGUCCCAAACUGGGCCCCCUAAAUCUCUUAGACCCCUUUGAGUUAUCCCACAACGUAGCUGGAAACCUGAAUGAACGCUCUCAUCGCACCUUCCAGAGGGAGUGCCAGGAAGCUGACAAAUACUGCCGCAGCCUGCAGUACCAGCGCAAAUCCACCAAGGGGAAGUCAUGGGGGUUGGUGCGCUUGUUGACCCCACACGGGGAGGUUCCACAUGCCAAAGCAGAGCAGAUGAUCAUCAGCAUCCCCUUCAAAUCAGCAUCACUCCCCGAAGUGCUGCGUAAUCAGCUGCACAGGGCGGGAGAUGGUUUCCGGGUGCUGUGGUUUCAAAAGGUUUGUUCUGCUGUGGAGGGAGUCUUCCAAAGUGUUCUCAGGUGUCACCUCACUCCCUCCUCUGAUGCCGUGUUUGGCAUAGAUACAGCUGUGGAUGCUGCAGAGGAAAUGGAAACUGCCUCAUCUUCUUUCAACACAUCAAUGAAUGACAGCUGUGACAGUGUUGAAUCCCGCAGUGAAACCAGCCCUCUGGGAACAGCUGUUCUUGGUGGCAAGAGGCCGCUUUCCUCUGGCAGUGAUGCUUCUGCAUCGCCUCAAGGCAAAAAGCCAAGACUGGCAAAAAGGGGCAAGCCUGAAGUCCCCCACUGGAUCUGUGUGCAAAAGCACAUGGUGUGGGCUGGCAGGAGGAAAGUGAGAAGGGAGUUGAUCAAAGAUACUGACUCGAGGCCAGAGGGCAGCUGUAUGGAGCUGGAGUCCCAGGUUACAGAUCAUAUCAUUAAAAUAGAGCCGGAGCUCAAGGAUCCCCUGGAGUUCAAGGUUCAACCACAGAUGGUGGGUGAGACAGAAAGCACAAAGGCAGUGCUCAAGUUUGAGCCAACCAGUGACAAGACAGGAGUUUUUCAUGACUUCUUUCAUUUCCUGGAAGUCUUCUUACCAAAGAUGGUAGAGACAUUGCUAGAGAGAGAGGUGGGGAGCACUUAGAAAAGACCCGGAUGGUGUAUUUUUGUGUUUUCUGUUUGGAAUUUAAGAUGAUAUUUCUGCUACUGACUGUUAACCUGUGAGCAUGUGACAUGAAAGAGCAUUAGUAUUUGUCAGAGGUUUGUAAUGAGUUCAUGUUUACUGAUUUGUAGUUGAGUUGUUUCAGAAGAUUUCCUGACUAAGCCUGUUUUUUAUGUUUGGUUUUAGUACAUUUCUGUUUAAAAUAAUGCUCUUAAAUGAUGAAGGUUGAUUCAGUGGCAGACGUUUGAUCAUCUGAUUGUCUACAAAUAAAUUUAAAAGAAGU